AUGCGUCGGAACGAUAGCGGCAGGCGCUGUAACGACAGGCGCUGUAACCGUGUCAACAAUAUGUUGGAUUUACCUUGUGGGGAAUUACUAAUGCCAGUCAGGAGUCCACCAAUACUUGCUAAAACACGGAAAGUGGUAGUUGUGCUUGCCGCCAUAAAUCCAUUCGCUGGGCCAACUAAGCGGAAAGAAACCAUCCACACAGCGACAAGAGAGCAUCUAGGCAGCGUCCAGACUUCGGCCAGAAAUCAUCCAGACAGCGGCAAAAAAGUGUACAGACAGCUGCAAGAAAGUGUACAGACAGCAGCAAGAAAGUGUACAGACAGCAGCAAGAAAGUGUACAAACAGCAGCAAGAAAGUGUACAGACAGCAGUAAGAAAGCGUACAGACAGCGGCACGAACGCGUCCAGACAGCGGCAAGAAAGCGUCCAGACAGCAGCAAAAAGUGUACAGACAGCAGCAAGAAAGUGUACAGACAGCAGCAAGAAAGUGUACAGACAGCAGCAAGAAAGCGUCCAGACAGAGUCAAGAAAGCGUCCAGACAGCGACAAGAAAGCGUCCAGACAGCGUCAAGAAAGCGUCCAGACAGCGUCAAGAAAGUGUCCAGACAGCGACCAAUCAGCGGCAAGAAAUCGUCCAGACAGCGAAAAGAAAGCGUCCAGACAGCAGCAAGAAAGCGUCCAGACAGCAGCAAGAAAGCGUCCAAACAGCAGCAAAAAAGUGUACAGACAGCAGCAAGAAAGUGUACAGACGGCAGCAAGAAGGCGUCCAGACAGCGGCAAUAGAGCGUCCAUACAGCGAAAAGAAAGCGUCCAGACAGCGGCGAAACAGCGUCCAGACAAGGGCGAGACAGCGUCCAGACAGCGACAAGAAAGCGUCCAGACAGCGACAAGAAAGCGUCCAGACAGCGGCAAUAGAGCGUCCAGACAGCGAUAA